UAACAAUAUAACAUAACGAAUUCAUAAGCAAAGAAUAAACAAAUCCGGAAAAAGUUUAUCAGUUAUUUACCAAUUAUAUCGUAAUGGAUAGAUCACGUAGAGGAGGCUAUAACUCCAGCUACAACUACAAUAAUAAUUAUUCGAGGACCAGGGAUAGAAUUGAUAGAAAUAGAAGAUGGAACAAUCAGGGAAACAAUCCUUCAAGAAGGGUGUCACCUUACACUUACAGAAAUCAAUACCAACGAAAUCAUAGAAUUCCAAGUCACAACCACCCAAACGCACGCCCACCUCCGACUUUUGUAGAAAGUAGACGUUGUAAACCAGCAAGACCUGCGUCUCCAAUUGAGGGUAGUGAAGAAUACAUGUCUCUUAAGAUACAACAAAAAAGUGCACUUAUUAUGAGGCAUUUACUUAGUCCUAACGAACCCAUUGUAUCUAAACCAGACCUAGAACCCAUUAUUGAAACAAUAGUUAUUGAUGACACUGUUGAAGUUGUCUCUGCAAAUGAUACAAGAAAGUCUUCAAACAAAAAUAAGAAGAAUAGUGUAAAAGCUAAAGACAUAUAUGAAAAAAUUAGAAACUAUCUUACAAAGUUAGGCAAAAGCAAGAUGAUAAAUUUCAUAAAUGCAAGUAGCAGCUCUUCUUUAAACACAGUUAUUACUCAAAUGCAACAACAUGAAAGGCUUGAAUUGUCUAGAAUUCUUAGAGAUAUGAAAUCGUCAUCAGCUAGUCCAGUUGAAGAUGAUAAUAAUUUCAUUAAUCCUGAUUUACUGUUGAAUAUGACAGAACUACCAGAGGAUGUAAUAAGAACACUUGAAAGAACUCUUAAUAUUGAUUUGAGUUUUUUUAAUGAAGGUCUGCAUCAAAGCUGCAAUGAAGUUUAUGAAGAUGCAUUAGGGGAACCAGACAUUUUCAUUAAAAAGGAAAUAAUUUGUAAUGAAGAUUUUCCAUGUAGUCCGGAAUCAAUGAAAAAACUUCCACCUAAUGAUGAAUAUAUUAUGAACGAAUUUCCAGUUAAAGAGGAAUUAAUGGAAGAUCUACCUAAUGAGGAAUUUUUGGAAGAUCUUCCAGUUAUAGAGAAGUCAAUGGAAAAUGUAUCUAAUGAGGACUUUUUGAAAGACCUUCCAGUUGAAGAGAAAUCGAUGGAAAAUGUAUCUAAUGAGGACUUCAUGAAAGAUCUUCCCGUUAAAGAGGAAUCAAUGGAAAAUGUAUUCAAUGAGGACUUUAUGAAAGAUCUUCCAGUUAAAGAGAAAUCGAUGGAAGAUCUAUCUAAUGAGGAAAUUCCAAUAAAAGAAGAGUCAGUGGAAGAUCUUCCACCUAAUUGCGAAUUCAUAGAACAUAUAUCUGGUAAUGAAGAAUUAAUGGGAGAUCUUCCACCUUAUGAAACAGAUAUUCCAGUAAAAGAAGAAUCUGUAAAUUCUGUAAAUGUAUCAGUUGUUCAAGUUCCAAAACCCAUGACUGGAUUUAAAAUAGAAGAUGAAGAUAUCUCGGACUCAUUUAGUGACCUUAAAACUCUUCUUGCUGCUGAAAAUAAAGAUAAGGAAUCGAUAGAUCAAUAUUCUAUUGAAAGUCCUCCACUAUCAAUAGAGGAAACUGCUAAUAUAGAACUUAAUGAAGAAACCUAUAACUUAAAUCAAAGUUCAAUUAAUAAAGUUGAAGCAACUUUGAAAGAAAUUGUAGAAGCAGAAUCGAAACGAGUACACUCAAAUGUUGAUUCCAUUUUGGUAGAUAUAAAUUUAAUUGAUGAAUGUUGCAAGCACCUUAACAAAUACAAAAAUGUGCUUAUACGAGCACUUGCUUACAAAAAUAAGGAUUGUCAAUGUCCUGAGAAAUCAAUACAGCCUGUUGUAAUUAUUGCCACAUCAGAUGAAGACAACGGAGUAGGCAAAAAACGGAAAUUAGGAACAAAUGUUCACAGUGAUCUGCAAACUCAACAAUCGCAAUCACGGACUUGUAAAAUUCAAAAAUUAGAUCAAAUUAAUCAGUUGAAAAUAAACCCAAAUCAAGAGGCAGUUGAAUGUGAGACAGAAUCUUCGGCAGAAGUAUUAAAACUUCCUAAAGUGCAAGGAUUAGUUACGGUUAUUGAGCUAAUAGAUAAUCAACUAGUUAUGGGUACCAAAUCUGGCAGUGUAAUAUUUGCCAGUAAAAAAGAUGGCACUAUCCAACACACAAUAGAUGUUACCCAUCAGUCAAUCACUAGUAUUGCUUUUAAUAGUACUGGACACAAUCAAAGAACAUUGAUGUAUGUUGGCAGUUUAGAUAUGGUGCUGAGAAUAUACGACGUGAAAACUAAAGAAAAGUUAGGGGAAGAUGGUGUUUCAGACCAAGUAAGGUGUAUGGAUUCCAAAUGGGGUUUUGUGUUUAUUGGUUGUAAGGAUGGAAAUUUGUUAAGGUACUGGUCAGAGAAAUCCAAAGUAGACUUUGAAUUGUAUAGUUUAAAUUUGGAAAUUUUCUCACUGAAAGCUACUGAAGAAGGCGCUCGAAGAGUGUUGAUUGUGGGACAUCGAGGCGCUGAAGUUUUUGUAAGAGAUGCCAUGUUUGGAUUAUUUUUGAGAAGUUUUUCCUUUGACAAGCCCACAGUGUAUUCAAUGGAAUUUAAUGGUGCGACUGGAUAUCUUUAUUGCGGCACUGCACAUGACAAUGUGUUGGUGUAUGACUUUAAUCGAGGAAAUUUGCUUCAAGUGUUUGCAGCCAAUGACAGUGAUCAGCCUCCAGGUAUAAGUUGUUUGAAACUUUUCAAGAAUUUUUUGUUUGUUGGCUGCUACAAUGGAUUUGUUUAUGUUUUUAAUAUUCUAACAGGGGAAAAGAUUGCGACUUUACCAGGACCUGGAGGUGGUAUAAUUUGUAUGCAGUUAUUGUCUCAACAGGUGAUCCUUUCAACGUUAAAUCAUGAAUUUAGUGCUGUAAUUUUACCAGAAAAUAUAUCCUUGAAUGAUAAAAAAUUUCCUAUCGCAAAUGAAGACUGAUCUGUAAAGUUUUAAACUAGAAAUAAUAUAUUUUAUUUUUAUGUCGCAAUGUCAAAUUGUUUUCAGUUAGAUCACAUUUAAUUAUCUCAUCUCUUAUUCGAUCAUAACAUUAUUUUCCAUUGAAUGGGGAUUUCUUAUUUAGUUCACACUAAUGUAUAGAACUUUUUUUUUUCAUAUAUUAAUAAAGUAAGAAAUUUUAGAAUAUGACUGUUUAAGUGAUACUAGCCUGACCUCUAUGAGCCUGACCUUUUAGACCGUCAGAUAGUGACAUAUUUAGGUGCCCUAUUUUCGCAUACAAGCCUCGAAGAGGGUUGAAAAGUACAUCGAUUUUGAGUAGGAUGAAGGUAUUUUUACGAGUGGCUCCUGGGGAUAACAUAUGCCAAAAUUCGAUUUUACUUAUGUUACCCUAAAAUGUACUUUUCCAUUCGCGACACUCAAGCCAAUAUGUUUUCUUGCUUUGUAGAUUUUCAUCCUUCCGAUGGGCUUGUGUGGAAAAAUCGCCCAAAAUCUCAAUUUUUCCUUACAACAUUAGGCCCUCAUUUCAAACCUUUAGCCACCUGCAACACCCCCUUCUUUGUUUUCACGAAGCCAGGAUUUAUUAUUUAUUCUUAUGGUGAACACGGCUUGCGAGAAAAUAUGGGCACCAGGACGUCUUUCAUUUCUGUUAUGGAAAAUCCAAUUUUCCAUAUGUUAUCCCUAGGAGCCACUCGUGAAAAUACCUUCAUCCUACUCAAAAUCGAUGUACUUUUCAGCCCUCUUCGAGGCUUGUAUGCGAAAAUGGGGCACCUUAAUAUGUCACUAUCUAACGGUCUAUUUGUAUAUUUUGUUUAUACAUAUAAAUAAAUUUGAAAUUGUUCAGCUAGGAAAAAUGCAAUUUUGCAUUUAGAAUCUCCACUAAUGUAAAUAAAGAUAAUUUUUCUAAAACAACUGAUAAAUCUAAUUGAAUAAAGGCGCAAUACGCAUUUUUUAAUUCUAGGUUUAUUUCUUAUUGUAAUGUAUUAUUAGGUCCAUAAUAGUAAAAUAGUUCAAUAUGAUGUCAUAAUCUCACAUUAUUACUUAUUUGUACAUAUGUAAUAUUUUUUAUUGUAAUAGAUAUUAAUGUAAAAGCCUUAGAAAAUUUGUAUUGUUAAUCUCAAAUGAAACACGUAGUUGACCAUCAAACGUUUAUUCUAAACUCCGCUUGCCAGGAGAAACAUUCUACCUACUCGCCUCGCACAGGCCCUUAAAACAUGUAACCCCAACCAAUAUAACGCAUCAUCUAAAAAUAAUCAUGAGGUUUCCCAACUCGAUUAGCAGGGUCAUGAAGGAUGAUAUCAUUCAAAG